UAGAAAACACACGGAGGAGUAAAAAAGUGUUUCUCGCUUCGUCUGGAGUGAUGUUUCGAAAGACUGCCGGGUUAUGAGGAUGUCCAAGAUGUUGCAGAGGUAGAACAUCUUCAACUGUUGGCGUAUACCUUCUGCAUUAGGACAAGUAGAGUAUCGCUCUUUCUCCUCUCUGUUAAAUGAGUGAUGAAGAAGAUGAUGAUCCAGGCCUCCUGUAGGAAAGGUCUGCAGGUGUGUUUACUCCUCCUGAUGGUGGGAAGGCUACAGGGCAAGGUAACGGCACCAGAGCGCUUGGAAGCUCCGGUGGAGAAGCCAUUCACUCUGACGUGCAGUGUCUCGAGGGAGCAAGGCGAGUCUCUGAGGCAGGUGCGUUGGCUGGAUGUCCAAAACCAGACCCUGCUGAGCUACCAACCCGGCAACAGAGACAGUGUGAGCGGGCAGCAGUAUGUGGAGCUCGCCUCCUCCCCGAAAGACACCUCAGCCAUCACCAUCCGCAGGGUGGGUUUCCGUGACGAAGGCUGCUACACCUGCAUCUUUGACAUGAAUCCUUCCGGUUCAAGGCAGGGACUGACGUGCCUCACUGUUACCUCUCAAAUCACCGCUGAAAGAAACAAGACGGCAGUGAGUGGCAAGACGGCCUCCCUCUCGUGCUCCUACGGUUUGCCUGAGAAGGUUCAGCAGGUCGUAUGGAAACACACAUCUGCACAAGGAGUCUCCACGGAGGUGGCGUCCUUCACCAAGCGAAGCGACCCCGUGAUAGAGCCGUCGUUCCAGGGAAGAGUCUGGCUGAGUGCCUCCCUGUCAGACAGUCGGCUCACCAUCCAGCCCGUCGCCAUCCAGGACGAGGGCUGCUUCACCUGCCUGUACAACACGCACGCCGACGGGCCGAAGUCUUCCAGGGUUUGCCUCGUCACCUACGUGCUGCCCAAACCUCAGGUGAGCUACAAGACCACCUCUCCCGGGGUGAUCGAAGCCAACUGCACCUCGGUGUCCCGGCCCCCAGCAGAGAUAGUGUGGAAUGUGGAGAGGGACAACCGCACCAAAGGCCCCCCCGUGACAACAAUGCUCCCACAGGCCGAUGGCACCACUCUGGUCAUCAGUACGCUGACCGUCCAAUCAGGGAUGCUGAAAGAUGUGUCCAUCAAAUGCUUGGUGCACCACAAAGGGCUCGAGUCCCCGAUCGCUGUAUCCAUGAACACUAAACUUGGGACGGCGCUCACCAUCCUGAUCUCCGUGACGACGGUGGCGGCCCUGUUGGUCAUGUCCCUCUGCUUCUGCCUGUGGAAGUGUUUCUUGCAUAAAGAAGUUGAAUAAUCUCUCAGAAGAGGCUGGAAAGGAGAGGCAGGGUUCCUCAGAGCCAACCUUGCAGAAUUGUUUCCCUGCAGCAUCAUCAUCAUCUUCAUCAUCAUCAUCAUCUUGGUACAUUGGGAAGAAAUUAAAGUCCAAUGUUGUCCAUUAAAUACUUCCCUCUGUC